AUGGCAACCUCCAAAGCCGACAAGAUCGAAAAGAUCAUCGCCCGGCUGCAGGCCCGCAUCGAAGAGGGGCAGUACUACGAAGCCCAGCAACAGACCCGAGUGGUGGCAGCGCGGUACAUCAAGGCCUCGAACUGGAGCGCAGCGAUCGAAAUUCUCUACAAUGUGUCGCAGUCACUGCUCAAGGCCGGCCAGGGAGGCAGUGGCGGCGACCUCUGCGUGUUUCUGGUCGAUGUGUACAAGCAGGCCGAGCUGAAACCGGACGCCACCUCGAGAGGCAGGCUGUUGACGUGCCUGCGGUUGUUCCAGAGCGGGGAGCCUACGAGGAAGAAGUUCGUCGGCGAGAUGAUUGCAUGGUCCUCCAAGUUCGGCGACUACCCCGCAGGUGAUCCAGAACUGCACCAUGUCGCAGGCAGCCUGUACGCCUCGGAACACGAGACAUACGAGGCAGAGCGCCACCUGGUCCUGGGUACGCGCGACUCGGCUGAGGUUCUCACGCGCAUGGAGUACGAGUGGUAUAAAGAGGACGACAGUCACACGGCCGCCCUGUACUGCGCCCGCGCGGUGCUGCCCUACCUCCUAGUCGCCAACGUGCGCGCGGCCAACACGUCCUACAGGGCCUUCGCGUCCGCACUUAGCGAGGAGAAGGGCGCUGGACUAGGCGUGCAGGACGUCAGCUCGGGCAGUGCGGACGUGCGUAUCUUCCCCAGCCUGCCGCUGCUGAACUUCCUGGGGCUGCUGCUGCUCGCCGUGCAGAAGGGCAGCCCGGACCUGUUCAAGCAGCUGCAGGCUAAGUACGCGACGCACAUAGCGGAGGUCGGGGCAUGGGACGAGUCACUCGAGAUGAUCGCCGAGAUGUAUUUUGGUAUCCAAAGACCGCGGCAAAGCAACCCUCUGUUUGACAUGAUGGGUAGCCUGUUCGGAGGCGCGCCUGGUGGUGGUGCUGGUGGUGCCGGGGCGCGGAAGCCACCUGCUAGGCGGGUCGAGGCCCCAAGUGCUGAGGGUCUAGAUUAG